GAACCGCCUAGUGUGUGGAAGAUGUGACAAACUAUUUACGUGACUCUCAGAUGAGAAAUCUGAAUAUUAAAUAUUGUGAAAUAAUUUCAUAUUAAUUUUCCAUCGCUGCACUCGUUUUUUUUUCGUAGUCAUGCCGCAAUUACCCUUUCUUCCGCAAAUUGUGAGUUUCACAUGAAUAUUCUCCUUGCUUGGAUGGAGUAUUGCUUUAUUUGAUGGUGUCGUCCCGCGGAGAAUUUGUUGGUCGCGCAACUCCAAAUUAGUUACUUACAAACCAUAGAAGAAGUCAAACGCUCCUCUUUAUACAGCUCAAUGUGUGAAAUAUCCACAAGAGAGUGAUUUUUCAAUUUUUUUUUCUUGAUUGAAAGUGCAAGUAAUGCAAUUUUCUUCCCUCUGUGAAUUCCAAUAAAAAGUCAUUGAAUUCCCUGUGCUGACUUUGAGUGGUACGGGCCAUGGGUAUUUCGUGCUUUAAAUGUGAUGGAGAAUGCAAUGAAAUUGUUUGACGAAAGUGGUGCUUAAAUUAAAUAUUUAUACACGAGCUGGACUUGGUGUAUAAAAUCCAUGGAACAUUCGUGGAAGAUUGUGAAGAAAUUUAUCUAUUUUCUAGCAAGUUAACACUUUGUCUAUGGUGGAAAGUGAUUAAAAUCAGCGAAGAGAACAAGAGAGAGUGCGGGGUACGAGGAGGUUUACUUUUAAUUGAAGUUUGAAACAGCAAAAAAGAGCUCCCUGAAGCUGGAUUCGUUAAAAAAAGUUCUGCAAAAUAUGGAUACGAACACCGUGAGCCCACUGCCACCGCCCGAAGCACCGCUGGCAAUGAUGGAGAAUGAGAAGACACCACCGCCCAGGAGUCCCGGUAGUGCAGCGGAUAUGCCACCACCACCGGAUGAAAAACGUUACGAUGAUGAUGCCGACAAUUCCUGGAGCUGUGGUUCGUGGUUUGAGUACAUCAUUGUGGUUGUCUUAUCCACGAUCUUCCUCAUUGGAGCCCUUGUGCUCGUCAUUUACUGGGCCGUCCAGCAUGGCAAUGGCUUUGCGUGGUCAGAGGAUCCCCAGAAGCAAUUCAAUCUGCAUCCGGUUCUCAUGGUGGCCGGUUUCAUCACCCUCUCCGGAUUCUCCAUUCUUCUCUAUCGUCUCUGCCGUUGCCUGAAACACAUCUAUGUGAAAUUGCUGCAUAUGUUCUUCCACGCCUGUGCUGUACCAUGUGUUGUCAUCGGUUUCCUGGCCGUCCUCGAUUCUCACAAUCUCGCCAAUCCGCCGAUUCCCAACUUCUAUUCACUCCACUCGUGGCUCGGUCUCGUUACAAUGGGGCUCUUUGCAACACAAUUCGUCGUGGGAUUCUUCAGUUUUCUGGUCUUGUUAUGCUGCGAAGAUGCCACCUACUCAUGUCGAGCUGCCAUGGUGCCCAUUCACGCCAGCUUUGGGCUUGCCAACUUCAUGCUGGCUAUUGCAACAUGCGUUUCUGGGAUCACAGAGAAAGCAAUCUUUAAGCUCAAGGAAGACUACUCAAAAUGGACAGAGGAGGGGAUCAUUCUCAAUGCUCUCGGUGCCACGCUCAUUGCUCUUGGUAUCCUUGUUUGCUUCGCCGUGAGACGAUCCAAUGCCCCGGCCACGGCAAAGGUGUACGUGACAGAGCGCCUAUAAAUGACCAACCAAGGCGGAUUUAAUCAAAUUCUAUUUAAAAAUGCAUCUUAAGGGUAAGUUAAUCGUAAAUGUAAUGAGAGAUAUUAAUACGUAGUAUUAACUGGAGGAUCUUUGUUAUUGACUUUUUAAAAAUAAUUUAGUUGAGAAACAAUGUUGUGUAGUUAAAUUAUUUCCCAAAAAGAAAAGAAAAAAAGACGCUAAAAGAGAGAAUCAAUAUGUGAAAGAGUUUAUUAAAAAGAAAUAUUAAAAGAAAAAAAUAAGUAAUUUAUAGAAUCUAUUUCGAGUAUUCUUUUUCGUGUAUAAAUUUAAAAAAAAAAAGAAAAAUGUGGAUCAAAAUGCUCGAUAAAAUAUAUUAGGUUUUCCCACAAGAGAUUUUCUUUCUCUUGUUCCAUCGUAAAAUGUGAAUUUUUUAUUACUUUUCCUAAUUGAAAUAUAUUUCCCAAAAUGAAGCAAAAAAUCGUUCUUAUUUCGUAAACUUUGUUAAGGGAAAAUAAAAACAGCAAGAAAGUGAGAUAGUAUGUAAAAUUUAUUCCUAAGAGAAAAGUGAAAAGUAAGAAAAAACAAGUAUUAAAUGAGAAUUGUUAAGUGAAUGUCUAAAGAUGAAAAAAAAUUAACAAGUAAAUAUUUUUACUUUUACGCAAUAUUUUGAAGAAAAAAGGCAAAAUAAUUCUCUUAUGUCCCACAGAAACAUUGAAUUGUUUAAUGAAAAAAAAAAUUGAAACCACCUCAAAUCUUUCUAUAUAAUAAAACAUACGCAAAAUGGAAAUAAAACGUGGAAAAGAAAACUUCUCAUUAAGAAAAUACAAAAUAAAACGAGAUACUAACGAAAAAAAAUGAAGAAAAAAAUAGAAGACACUGAAAAUUUUUACAUAUUUAUACUUUUUAUAAUAGUGUUUUAAAAAGAAAAUGUGAAAUGAUGAUAUAAAAUGAUAAAACUAUUCCAUAGUGAAGGAGAUAAAAAAAGUAUUAAGCUACUAAUAUAUCACAUAGCAUUGACUAAUUAUGCGGAAAAAAUGUCAUUAAUCUUACAAAAAAAAUAAUAUCGUCAAUCAUAAAUAGUAUAAAUAAAAUAAUCAAAUAUUAAAAAAAAAAACAUUUAAUCAAAAAAUGAAUCAUAAUUGGGUGUGUUUAAAUGUUUAAGAUGGCAAACAAGAUAAGAAAAGCUCAGAGUGAACCAAGCAUUGCAAUGUAAUAUUUGCAAUUUUCUUUGCUUUCCUUUCGGAAAUUAUAUAAUUACAAUUUUUUCGAUAUAAAAAAUAUGUGUUCAUUGUGAAAUUCCAAUAGAAAAAUAAAUUGAUUGAAGAAAGUUUCUUUAUGAAUAAUUCUUGAGGAUAGUACGAAAAGAUUUGCAAAUAUUCGGGGACUUUAUGAUUUAAAAUUUUCCAUAGAAUUUUCUAUUGAAUUCUAUGUCUCUAUUAAGAAAAACUUUCGUAUAUAAAGUUUCAAUUCUAAGAAGUGAAAGUUUCUUAAAUAAUAAAUUACUUCCGGAUGGAAAUUAAUCCUUUAAAAUUAAUGAAGUUUAAAAGUUUUCGAUUUAAAAACUUUUCAUGGAUUUACCUUAAAAGGUUUUAAUGAAAUAUCCGUGAUUGAAAGUUCCUUAAUUUUCUUCCCUGAAUAUUUCAAAAUCUUCUUUGUGGAAAACCUCAACUAAGAGCAUCAACAACGAUAAUUUAAAUUAAAUAAAAAAAAACAUAGAACAAUAUAGUGAGAAUAAAUUAGGUGAAAAUUUCUAUAUAAUAGUAUAAUUAUGUAUUUGUAAGUAUAUUUGGUGAAAGAAUAUGUGAAAAAAAAUCAAAUUAAAGUGCAUCGAUAAGAUUUCAAAAUGAUAAGACGAAGACAUUCAACAAAUCAAAACAAGACUAAUGAAAAGUAGAAUUCGCAUGAGAAAGGAAAUUCAUUUCAUGGUCAAACGAUGCUAUAAAAUGCUCAUAAUGCUCUUUCCCAAUCAUUUUGCAAUGUUUUAUUUUGUUCUUUUCUGUGUCAGCUAAAUUGCUGAAAAUCAAGCAUUUUAUUUAUUAUUUCGUGCUCACUUGCACGCACUUUUUUGCAGAAGAUUUUUCUCCGUUUAUCGAGAUUGCGCCUUUUGAAUUUAAACUGAUAUGUUGUGGUUUUUCUGUGCAUUGCUGAUGCACGCAUUUGCGCGAUUUGUUUAAUUUUCCCCUCAGAAAAAAAGUGAAUAUCAUACCGAAAUUAAUGAUAGAAAAUUUCAUUAUACAGUAAUUCAUUAUUAUACAAGACAUUUAGAGAAAUAGUUGACAUAUGAAUAAAGUUAGAGACUAAAUAA